AUGGGUGAUGAUCUACUGACCAUCGCACACACCGUCGCACCGUCGCAAUGCCACACCGCCGCACUGUCGCGCCACACCGCCGCACCACACCGAAACGUUGAACCGCUGAAGCAAGAAAACGGAUAUGGAGGAGAGAUGGGAGAUGAGAAGAAUGGAUGUGGUGGAGUUGGGGGUGGGAAUCUAAGAGAGUUGGGAGUUCAUGGAUUUCAAGAUACACUCAAAGAAGAUUUGGAGCUUGAAAAACAACUAAAGCUAAUCAAUAAGCCUCCUAUCAAAACUAUUCAUACAAAAAAUGGAGACAUUGUUGAUUGUAUUGAUAUUUAUAAACAACUAGCAUUUGAUCAUCCAUUACUAAAGGAUCACAAGUUACAGAGAAAACCUAGUUUUCAAAAAUCAAGUAUGAAGACUUUAGCAAACAAACCUAAUUUUAACUUUGAAAAAGUCCAAUGUCCUAAAGGGUCUAUUCCUAUUCGGAGAACAACAAAAGAAGAUCUUAUUCGAGAAAAACAAUUAUUAAAGAAUAGUAUUCUUCUUCAAGACAUGCCUGGUGUUCAUCUUGCAGAAUUAGCUCUUUCAUCGAAUUUUAGCCCAUACUAUGGCGUUAGAGGACGAAGCAGCGUUUAUAAUCCACCGAUCACUAAGGGUCAAAUGUCUCUUUCUCAUGUGUGGGUUCAAAAUGGACCCAUAAGUUCUAACAAUAAAAUCAGUUUUGGAUGGCAAGUGAGUAUAGAUUUGUAUGGUGACAAUAAAACUCAUUUAUACGCAUCAUGGACGAAAGACAACUUUCAAAAGACAGGAUGUUACAAUGUUCGAUGUCCAGGUUUUGUUCAAACCAGUACCCAACUUUCUCUUGGGGCAAUACCUGGAGAUAUAUCUUCUUAUGGUGGACCAGUUUUUGAUUCUACCGAGUAUAUAGCUAUGGUAAUGAUCUUGGCAUAAACUUUUUAUGUAAUA